UCCAUGAGUCGACAAGUGCGACCAACGUCGUCGUCUGUGUAUUUUGUGACAUUUUAGUGCCUUCUUUUGUACCCUUACACGACGGAUCUCGCUUUCAAUGAUGGAUCAUUACGAACGUGACGAGACAGUGGUUAAUGAGGGUGGCAUCGCGAUGCAUCAGUUCCAGCCUGAAGAAGAAGAGGCGGUGGAGAUACCAGAGGAUCAAGAAGACAAGCUAUUCUCCAGGCUCGGUCUUGACCUGGCUGGCGUCACAAUCAUGAGGGUCAAAAAUGGCAGCAAACUGCGGAAUCUUCUCGGGUUUGCCUUGAAGAAAAUUAAGGAAGAAGGCACGAAGCGCAUCAUCUUCACCGGCUCAGCCUCGGCCAUCAGCAAGACCAUCACCUGUGUUGAGAUUGUCAAACGGAACAUGAAGACCCUGCAUCAGGUCUCCAAGAUCUACCACAAGAGGAUUGCAGAGUUUUGGAACCCAACGGAGGAAGGACUAGACAGACUCAAAGUAACCAGACACAUACCGGCUAUUGCUGUUCUACUGUCGAAGGAAUCACUGGAUGCCAGUGAACCAGGGUAUCAGGCUCCUGGCACCUUCUGCCAUCUGUGGACAGAUUCUGCUAAGAAGGACACGAAAAAAUCCCAGCCGAGAAAAAGAACUAAUGCUGAGAAAGCCAAAGACACGAGGAGAUCUGCUCAGUCCAGUUCAGCUCCGGAGACCAGAGCAGGAAAAUCCUCUGCCAAGAAAAACCAAAAGAAAAGGAAAGGGAACGUUCAGCCUAAGAAAGACGCCAGUGGAAAGUGAAGUGUGUCAAACUUGAAAGAGACCCGAAGGAAAAAAUUGUGGGCUCGGUGUACAAGAACCCCCUUAACGGUAACAAAGGGAGAUUUGGGGAGACCGCUGAGAAGGAUAUCUGAACUCAUUGUCGAGGACGCCUGGCACUCACAGUGAGAUGCUAGCCGUGCGUACUUCACACCAUAUGCAUGCACACCAGUACUGUGUCUCGUCUACUUUGCUCUCGAAAGUAGUCGAAAAGCUCCGUCUUCUGUUUGAGCACGGAUUUACUUGACAACGGUUGAAAAUUUCUGUCAUUUCAGGUCAGAAGUUGCAAAAAUGAUGACAAGACAUGAAUCUGGGACUGAGAAACAUUUCCAAUUUUGUUAGGAAACACUUAGAAAAUUGUCUUGACUCUCCAUAAACUUUGUACACAACCGCUGAAGUGGCGUCAGGUUGCAACUUUCUUUCCCUUGUGCAUAUCCUUAACAAUAUUUUCGACAAGCUUCCUCAUUCUCUUAUCAUAAAUUGUCUUCAUGUCAUUCGACUUAACUCCAAUUACACAACGCAUUUUUAGCCACCUGAUUCAGUUUAUCCAUUUCACACUUAGGAGUGACAUUGAACCAGACAAUGAGCUGGUCAGGCAGGAUUCAGUUACACAUCUAUAAAAAAUUAAUCAAAACUAUGUUUACGUUUUGGGAAUUAUACAAAAAAUUACUACAUAUUCGGAUUUCCUUUUGCAGCUUAAAAAUCGCAAAAUGGUCGGUCAUACCACAAAAUUUGUAGGAUGUGGUUAUUUAAUUACUUAGAAUUAUCGGUGAACAGGACAAAUUUAUGCAAA